AAUCUUCCAAGGAGUGGGGGAAACCUUCGGCGGAGCGUAUCAAGGGCUCUGAUUUCAGGCAAUGGGACAAGUACAAUGCUGAUGAAGAAGAAGCCAGAGUAGAUGAUAAGGAUGGAGGCAUGAAAGCUGCCUACGAGAAACUCUCUAAUGCACGAUCAGCUGCUGAAGCCCGAAUUAACAUUGAUACAAGCGGUAUGUCAGACAGAGAAAGAGAAUCAGUAGCAAACCGAGAGAAAGACAAAGGAAAUGAGGCAUUCCGUGCCAGUGAUUACCAAGAAGCUAUUCUUUACUAUACCAGGAGCUUAUCUGUAGUACCUUCUGCUCCAGCCUACAACAACAGGUCCCUUGCAAGAAUCAAGGUUGGGGAGUUUGAUGGAGCAAUAGAGGACUCUGCCAAGGUGCUUCAGCUAGAGCCUACCAACAUCAAAGCUUUACUGCGGAGGGGAACAGCUAGGAAAUCUCUGAAGAAUUACGAACUUGCUCUUCAAGAUCUUCAGGCUGUCCUUCAAGUAGAACAAAACAACAAACAAGCUCUGGAUAUGGUAAAUGAUGUCGUAGCCAAGAUGGAGAAGGAGAAGACACAGAUUGAGGAUGAGCUGAAGAAAAAAGGAUCUACGAGCAGUAUAUCCGGACAGCAGCAGCUCUCAUCUGGUGAAACCAAGGCCAAGUCUGGAGGCAGGAGACUAGUCAUUCAGGAGGUAGAGGACGAGGAUGCUGGAGAGAAAGAGGUGAAUGUUUCCAAGAAGACUCCAGAGGAGAAGGGUUCGGAUAAUGGCAAGCAGUGUCCAGUGGAAAGUGGCAGCAGUGAGAUAGAUGGGGGCAGUUCAAGCAAUUCCAAGCCACCGGUAUCAUCUAGUUCUCAAUUGCUGAACAAUACAUCCCAAGUUCCAAUUGCCGCGAAUCAAAGUGAACCUUCGCCCACUCCACCCGAGCCUGCCCCGCCCCUUCCACAGAUGGUGGUUUCCCUCAAGGAUGCUGGCAAUGACUUCUUCAAGCAGGGGCAGUAUACAGAAGCUAAUGACCGCUACAGCAAAGCAAUCAAGACACUCUGUAAAGAUAAGGAUGUUCACUCCAUGGGAUUGUCUACAUUGUACAGCAACAGGGCAUCAUGUCAUCAUAGAUCUGGCAACCCCAAAGCCUGUAUUGAGGACUGCACUUCAGCUCUGGAUCUUAACCCAAACAAUGUGAAGACAUACUUGAAGAGGGCCCAGGCAUAUGAAACGAUUGAAAAAUAUGACUAUGCCUAUGUGGAUUUCAAGACGGCGAUGAACUUUGACAUGUACAAUACCAAUGCUCAAAAUGGAGCUAGCAGGAUGUUACCAAUUUUGAAGGAUAAACAUGGGAAGCAGUGGAGGGAAAAGUUACCCUCGGAGCCCAAGUCUCCCAGCUUUCCCUGGCCAGCCUAUGUGCAUUCCAGUCUUGGUUCCACUACUACAUCCUCCCCCUCUUCUAAUACCACCAUGUCAACCAAUUCUAGGAAUCAAACGGCCCCAGGGUCUACCCCAGUGCAGACCAUACACCCAGCUGCUAAAACAAAUGCUGCACAGACAAUAUCACCUGCGGCAGAAGUUGCUUCAUCAUUGCCGUCCUCAUCUACCACUCCUCCUGCUGCAAAGGCGCCAUCGAGUGCUUCAACAGGGGGUGCUGCACCACCCGAAGGAGCCAUGCCGUCUUCUACGAAGACUGCUCAUAAACCCAAGACGUCCCCGUCGCAACCUCCACUGAGAGAAGCAGGGAAGAAGAAGACCACUAAGGAUAAACCGAAAACCAAAGAGGAAAGGUUCCAGGAAUUCAAGGCUCAGGGCAAUGACCUUGUAAAGAAGGGUGCAUACAGUCAAGCUAUCGGCUGCUAUACCCGAAGUAUUGAAGUAGACUCAAGCCAAUCUGUCAGCUAUUCCAACAGAGCACUCUGCUAUCUCAAACUGAACCUGCCGGAAGAUGCAAUCGAGGAUUGUAAUGAAGCCUUGAAGAGAGAUCCUAAAGGAGUCAAAGCUCUCUAUCGUAGAGCACUGGCUAGGAAGACGUUGGGUAGUUUCCAGGAGAGUGUGAAAGACUUGAUGGACUUGCUGAAAAUAGAACCCGCUAAUCCGUCUGCCAAGAAGGAACUGGAGUUGGUGAAAGAUGCCUGGAGGAAGGAUUUGAGAGAUAAACAGAGCAAGGCUGCUCAGGAGAGUAAAGAGAAUGGUGUAGAAAAUGGAGUUCAUAUGAAAAAGAAAUCUGGCAAAAGGAUGCAGAUUGAGGAAGUGACCGAGAGUAGCGAUGAAGAGCAGGAUCCAGUUUCUAGGAAAAGUAAUAUACCCUCUUCACCAAAAGCAACCUCUUUGCCAGCAGCUGAGAAGGGAGGUAUAGAUACAGGGAAAAAGGAAAAAAGGAAGAAUUUGUCGGCUGCUGCCACAGAAAGUAGUGGAACAAAGUCUUCAAAUGUUGCAAAUGGCUUACCAGCUCAAAAAAAGAUGACUGCCUAUGAGUUCAUGCAAGAGUGGACAUCAUUGAAGAGGAGAAAGAAUGUUGAGGCACAUGCUAAGCUCUUGAAACAGGUGCAGCCCAAUGAUAUUCCAAAAGUUAUGAGCAACAAACUUGAUGGGGACAUGUUGGCUAAGAUCUUAAGUGCAUCGGCCAAUCACCUAGUUGAAGAAGAUCCUGCCUUCACCUACCAACUUCUCAACAAGCUACGAUGCGUAGAUCGCUUCAAGACCAUCGCCAUGUUCCUGACCAAAAUGGACAAAGACAAUAUGCAGAGAUGCAUCAACAUGAUAUCAUCAAAGCCAGAGAUAUGCAAGGAAGAUGACCUCAAGAAGCUCAAGAAAGCCUAUCAGAUAUAAGACAAAAUGUAAUAUGCCCCUGGAGUGGAAUUACUGGAUUUGUUCAUUUUCUUUUUGACCUUCUGUUUCUUUUUCCCAGUGUAGAUCAUACUUCUUGCAAAGUUCAACAUGUAGUUUCUAACACUGUAAAGAUUUGUUGCCCUUUAUGUUUAGGUUGUACCCUAUUAUUGUAGUUUACUUUUUGACUAAAAAGUCAUAAGGGAUAUAUUAUAUGGUUAGUGGUACUGGUCUACCAAGUAUUUCUUUGCGAUCUUGAUCGGAGAGAGGGGAUAAGGUAUUGGGACAAAUCAAAGGCUUUCAAUCAAUCACAAAAUGACAACGACCAUUCAGGAUCAAAAGAUUGUAUGCUUUUUAUCGCUAAAAGGUACUAACAUCGUCAUUUGAAUUUUUCAAGUGACAGAAUUAUUAGGACUGCCAAAAAAUUUGCCCUUGAUAUAUGAGAAGGUGCCUUUCGAUGCUAUUGCUGUUCUAAUAUUGAUCAGUUUGCUUUGAACGCAUUACUUCAUUUGACAAAUAAUUAAGACUUGAAUGCAACUUUGUAGUGGAGAUCAAUACAUUUAUUACUGUAACCAAGUCAAGUGUCGGACAACCGUAUUCUCACAUAACUAGCUUAGAUGGCGCUAUAACAUCAGAUACAAAUCAACUGGCGAUUGGUUUACAUUUGGCCUGUUGUCAAAUACCAAUUACCCUUUGAAAGAUGUGAUGACAAGCAAGUCUAAGGUAUAACUGAGUAAUCAUGAAAUUAGAUAUGUUAAUUGCAUUGAAUUAAAAAUACCAGUACAUGUAUAUCGUGCGCAUGAUCUGAAGAAGGUCAUUUGUACUAAAGUGACAUGGUCGUUUAACAUCUAAUGUUGAUGUCUUGAUUAUUCAUAUAUUCAUUUGAAUUGGGUUUUUCAUUAGAUCCACAAAAAAGCAAUACGUCCAUUAGCGACUGGUAUUUCAUAGUUGACCAAGUACAUUGAUCUAACACCAUGCUAAUGCAUUCAUAGCAUGUUCAUUGUGUGCUAUUGUCACCUGGUCUAUGCACUUACUUAUGUAAUAUCUUGCUUUGAAAUCUGCCUAUCAUAAUGAAAGAAAUGAAAGGUUUUUCUUUUUUGCAAUAAUUUCGUCAGUAACUUUAUGAGAUAAAAGAUAAUAGUUCAAUUGUUUCAAACUAGGGAGAGCCUCUUGGUAUUUACAUCGCAAAAUGAAUUGUUUACCAAGUAAAAUUAGAAAAUUAAAUGCUAAGGUGGAUUGACUAAAUGGCUCUAAUAAUCCAAAUAAAAUAGUUUCACAUGAAUUGAAAUAAUUAGGAUUAAAAUCAGUCACUCGCAUACGCAACACAUUCCAAAAGGAUGCCAUUUUAGGGCAUGCAAAAAACAAAUGAUCCAAUGUCUCGGGUGUCGCAUUGCAAAAAGAGCAUAAUGCGUUGGUUUUCUUUCCUAUUUUUGUGAGCCAUUCAUUUGUAGGUAUUAAGUUAUUUAAAAUUUUAUAGUGUGUGAUUCGAAGUCUGGUGUCAAUAGUGAUUCGUAAUGGAAGAGUGAACAAUUAGUAAGUCUGACGCCUAUCAAUGUUGUAAAGUUGAUUAAAACGAGUAAACACCUUGGAGGUUUCGGGGUUAUUUGAUUAUUGCAAUUGAUAUUGCAGCAUUUCUAGUUCAGCAAAAGAUGCUGAUUAUUCUGUUGUUUUCCUAUUCAUUUUCAACAAAUUGUCAAGUUUGAGUUUUUAUUUUCUUUGUGUGUGUUCAAAGAGUAUAUGACUUUAAUAAGGCACUACAUUUGGAAAAUGUUUACUAAAGUAAGUAAUAGUGCAUGUAUCAAAAUCUUUCUGAGUGUAAUGCAAGUACUUGACUUAAUUACAUGGUUUGGUCAGAAGAAAAAUAAUGAAAAGAGUACUGUGGUGAAUAUGAGUUCAAGUUUUCAUUGGAUUAAAGGUUUGAUAUUGAUUUCCCUUUUGAUUUUUUUUUAAAGAUUAAUUUCCCUUUAGUGUACUUGUAUACUUAAUGAUAAUAAUAAUACGCAUUUAUAUAGCGCCAUCUAUCUAGAAAUACUCUAUUAAUUCUACUGCCUUCCAGUGAUCAUGCAUUCAAGAAAUUAAUCCUGCUGGGUACCCAUUCACCUGGGUUGAGUGCAGCACAAUGUGGGUAAAUUUCUUGCUGAAGGAAAACAUGCCAUGGCUGGGAUUUGACCCCACGUCCCCCAUGAUUGAAAGAUGAGAGUCUUAACCACUAGACCACGAUGCCCAGAAACAAGUGCAAACAAGUACAGGUUCAAAUAAUAUUUACAUCAUUAAAAAGUAUACUGGAUUUAUGUAUGAAUUAGCAUUUAUAGAACAAAAUGAUUUUAUAAAAAUCAACCAUUUGAUCAUGUACAUAUUAACAACAUAUUAAAAAGUUGCACAAAAUGCCAAUUUGGAUAUGAUCAUUAUGAUAAUGGCCAUGUUCCUUGUGGGAGGAAGUCUUAAAAACUCCCCCUUCCUCCACACACAUAAAAAAAAUAUUUAAAAAACGGAUUAAGGACAAUUCAGUUUGAGGUGGGAAAUAGAUUUGUUUACUUUCACUUUCUUUUGUCGUCUAUGGAGAGGGUUGUAGAGAAAAAAUAUCCACCAUAAAGGAAUGUUUUAUGUAUGCCCACACCCUGGCAACGUGACCCCCUAAAAAAUAUCUGAAAUAUUUCGGCUGAGCAAUUUCUCCCCAGUUUACUUUGUGUAGUCACAUUUUCUCGUUCUACAUGCAGUAAACUUACCUUUCUUUUUCAAGUUAAGUGAAUUUGUUAGCAAUUUUAUUUACCCCAAUAUCACACGAGACACCCACAUUAAUGGUCAAAUUUUCUGAUUCCUCAUAAAUCAUGUGAUAACAGAACAUCACAUUUUGAAGUAGAAUAAUGAAGAAAUCCAUUGGUCUGUAGUUACUGUGUAUCAAUGCACAUCGUUAAUAUUUAUAAUCUUCUUUAAUAGUACACACUGUAUUUGACAAUUUUAAUUUCAAAUAAAAUAUUCUCAAAUUGUAUUGUAUGUUGAAAAAUACAUUCUCUUUCUUUAUCUCUCACUUCUUUCAUUCUCUCUCACUUCUUUCAUUCUCUCUCACUUCUUUCAUAUGUUGUUUAACAGAGGUCAUAUGAUAAGAUAGCAAUGAUGUAAUCAACAAGAUUUUUGUUACUUUUUGAGGAAAUAAUGAAACCUUCUUCCACUUCUUAAUGUUACAUGAGGUUGUUUGUGCAUUAUACAAUAAUUCAAAGAGUUGCCUUUUUGCAAAUACAUGUAUUUGAAUGAUAAUGACUUAAAAUGAUGAUGAUAUCAUUACAAAUGUAUCCCAGUUUGGGAUCUUAAUCAAAUAAAGAGCUAUUCAUCAGAA